GAUCGGUAGAGCCUCUUUUGAAGUGUGAAGGUCCCAAUUCCAACACAUGCUUCUUGGAUACCAAGCUCUUUCUUUUCCUUUUUUCUUCUUCUUCGUCUUCUUUUUCUGUCAGCAUCCAAUCGGCAUGGCUUCUUAUGCGGAUCGUCGCCUUGAGAACAUAAAACGAAAUACUGUUCUGGUGCAGGACUUGGGCCUUAAGAACGAUCAGCUGAAUGUCAAACCUCAACACUCAAAGCAGCCACCCGUAAAGAGGAGGAAGCUUGAGACAGGCCAGCCGACGCGUACAUCCGCGCGAAUUGCUUCAACAGCGCGGCGCAAAUAUAAAGACGAUCAUGUCGACGUGAAGCCAAACCGCACCACUCGCAACAAGACUGCUUCCAAAGCACCAAACCCCCGAGUUGCAACGCUAGUCGAGCCUGAGACACGUCCAGACUUGGAAAGCAUUCGCGCUGCCUGGACAUCUUGGACGGCUGUAGCAUCUAAUCCAAGUCGAGACCCGGCAGGCGCAUAUCACUUUGAGUCACAUUCUGAUUUUGCACCUAACAAGUCACCUGAAGAAAUUAUUCGUGAAGGUUGCUUUGGAGGAUCUUACUGGAGACCUCUUUAUUCUAAACACCUGAAAACAACAAUUGAAGAUGACUGGAAAGAGCUUCCGUCUGAUUGGACAGAUGGUCUAGAUAUAGAGCGGUAUCUUACGAAUCCCGAGUACAACCCGGAAAUCAACAAGUAUGGCGUUGCGUGUGGUCAAAGCAUCGAGCAAUGGGAGGCAGCAGGUUGGAUUGACCAUCAGUACGAUGUUAGAGGAUGGUUUCAGUGGUAUUGUCGGUUUUGGAUGGGACGAAGAUGCGAUGAUGAUGAACGGCAAAUCUCAAGGUGGAAGAAGUGCGUUGGGGAGUCAGGACGGUGGCGGAGAACCCUGUUAAAGAAGUAUAUACAACAAGGAAUUCGCAGUGUCAUCGAUGAAGGCGACGAUGAGGAUGAUGAUAGAGGAGAUGUUAGCCCAGUCGUCCACCAGACUUGCCACCAUUGGGCUUAUGAGGUAAGACAGGAUGCGUUAGAUCAAUUUUGGGGAGAGAGGUAAUAGUUGAUAAUUUGACGAGUGCCACUUGGACUACAAAGGUCUCACAAUUGUCAGGUCAUGCAACACCAUUGCAACAAGUGCUUCAUUAGUCACUGAAGGUCUGUCUUCGUAGAUGUACUAUUGAAAAUAAUACCAGCCCUAA